AUGAAGAUUCCUUAUAACAAAGUCCACGUGCAAGGGCAAAUCCUCUUUGCUGCUCGUGGAGGCGCAAUCCACACAUUCAGUCUCACAGAUGGCAGCCGAAUCUCAUCAUGGAAGCACCCUGAUGCCGACAAAGUCGCACAAUCUAUCAAAGCUAUAAACGAGGCCAAGGCCGAAGCUACGCCCAAAGCAGAGGCAGACACUCCAGCAACUGAAAGCGACGGCCCCCCAGCUAAGCGGCAGAAGCUGGAUGGCGAGAGUGAGAGCACUUCAGUGAACGCAGAGGCUCCUGCUCCUACGACAGUCCAAGAUGAAAAAUCCCAGACCGGCCAUUUUGAUGGCAGGGGGAAGAAGGGCAAAGGAAAGGCAGGAAAGGACUUUGAUAAUGGCAAAACCCGUUUCGCCCGUGUGCCAGAUCGGCCCGUGAUAACUCAUCUGACAAGUACUCCUGAUGGAAGCCAUGUCGUGGCCAUAACGGGACAUGACAAGGCCAUUUGGGUGUUUGAACAUGAUGGAAAUGGCCAGCUGAAGCAGCUUAGCCAAAGGACUAUGCCCAAGCGACCAAGCGCUGUCGCCAUUGGACCAGAUUCUCAAAUCAUCAGUGCUGACAAGUUUGGAGACGUCUACGCUGUGCCACUACUCAUCUCAGCUGAUGGAUCAAAGUCCUCGGCAUCACUAUCAUCUUUACCCCUUCCCUCCAAAAAGGCCUUCAAGCCUACCGCCACCACGCUCACCGUCCACUCCAAAGGCAACCGACUCGCCCUUGAGAACCAAAUCAAACAAGCUGAGCUUGCCAGUCAAUCCAAGGACGCCAACGCCGGUGGCCCCGAUUUUGAACUCAACCUACUGCUGGGACACGUCUCCAUGCUGACUGCCCUCGUCCUCGGCGAGCAGCAGGGACACAGAUACAUCCUCACGGCGGACAGAGAUGAGCAUAUCCGGUUGUCCCGCUACAUCCCCCACGCGCACAUUAUCGAAAACUUCUGCUUUGGUCACAAGGAGUUUAUCAGUGACAUGGUCAUCCCCGCGGCCAAGCCAGAUGUCCUCGUCUCCGGAGGCGGCGACGAGGACAUCUUUGUCUGGGACUGGCUCGCCGGAAAGCAGCUCUUUAAGACAAGUAUCCUGUCUCUCGCCCAGGAAAUUGCUCCUGAAACCGCAACAAUUGCUGUUUCGGGUCUCUACACUCUGUUGUACCCCUCUGAAGACGGCCCCAUGACAUACAUUUUGGCCAUCUGUGAAGACAUCAAAGCAAUCUUCUCAUGGAAGCUCCAUGAUAACAACGAGCUUCACUGCCCAGGCAUCAUCCAACUGCCCGGCAAGCCCCUCUCCCUCACCAUCUCCCCAAGCAACGACGCCGCUCCCACCGUCAUUGCCGCCAUUGAGCCCGACGCGGAUACCAAGGCCCAAAGCCUUCACGCAUUCCGCCUGACCAUGACAAACGGCAGAUUGGCCGUGGAUGUCGAAUCCUCCUUCAAGGACAAGGAAGUAGAGGCAAACGAACCCGAAAUCAGUGAAGAGGACGUCCGGAGUCUUUUGUACACUGUCGAGAGCCUGCGGAAGGUAGUCACAGGCGGACCGGACGAAGAAGGGGGCUCAGAGGCACCGCAGGGGAAUGUUGAUAGCGAUGUGGCC